GGAAAUCUGUCUUCCCGGGGCCUAUUGCGAAAUGAACGUUUAUCUAAGCAUUUCGAUUACUAUAGUUACUGUCUACAGCGUGCUGUGGAGCGCCGACAGUCUUGGUGUAUUUUCAGAAUGUGACACAGUGAGAACUCUGCAGGAAGGUGAAGUGUUAUACAUUCAAUCGCCUGGCUAUGGAAACUACUACAAACCCAAUACGAACUGUCGAUGGCGGUUCAACGCACCUACUGGAUACAAUGUCUACAUGAACUGCUAUGACGUGAUUCUUCCAAGUAGUACAAAUUGUUUGGUGGAUCGUAUUGAAGUUUCACUCAAUGGUAAUGCUCUUCUCGCGGGAGCUACUCGGUACUGUGGGCUGUCCACGUUUAUCGUGCAAUCAACCGUCAACAAAUUGACGGUUGGUUUGAGAUCUCCGAAGACUUCUAGUGGAGGUCGGUUUCGUUGUCAAAUUGUAGCUAAUCCCCCAUCAUGCGACUGCGGUCGUCGAAGGACGACAAAGAUCGUGAACGGUAUGCCGACUUUGGUAAACGAGUUUCCCAUGAUGGCUGGGUUAGUGAGUUUGUCCGCGAGAAACGUAUUCUGCGGGGCUACAAUCAUAUCGAACCGUCAUGCUCUAACUGCCGCACAUUGUCUGACAGGUCAGAAAAUUACCAACACCGCUCUGAUAGUGGGUGAUCAUGAUCUUUCUACCGGAGUAGACACUCCUUACUCUGCGUUAAUUCCGAUCAGCACCUUUACGAUCCACACUGGUUAUCGUCCACAGACUUCCGCAAAUGACAUAGCCAUGGUACGUACUCGGGAUCAAAUAGUUUUCAAUGCAGGAAUUGGAUCAGUAUGUCUACCAUGGCAUUGGUCUACGACAACGUUCGACAACUAUUUGGUGGAAGCUGUCGGAUGGGGAACAAUGGAUUUUGGGGCACCAGCGUCGUCAGUGCUGCGGAAGGUCAAUUUGAACGUGGUCAACUAUGAGACCUGUCGACAGAUGUUGAACAGUACGCAAAUUACAAAGAACCAGAUUUGUACGUACGCGGAUGCGAGGGACACGUGCCAGUAUGAUUCGGGUGGACCGGUAUUCUAUACUAAUCCAAAUACAGGAAUAGUGUAUCAUAUUGGAGUGAUUAGUUAUGGAGUGGCUUGUGCAAGUGCCUAUCCGAGCGUGAAUACGAGGACGACGUCCUACCUGAACUGGAUUAAGGCUAAUACAGCGGGGGUGAAGUACUGUGAACGGUAGCUGAGGGAGAGUUAAUUAGGGAAAUUAUCCUUUUGUGAUCUUGUAACUAUUUCAUCAUACUCUGAACUUUUAAAUAAAGUAAAAUAAUAGCA